UCUGCUGUUCCCGGGCUUCACAUCACACACAGCAGCGCGAGCGCUCAGGGCUCCACGAGCUCGGACAGGUGAUGAUGGAGCUUUCAUAGGGUAUCUGCACAGGUGUGUGAGGGAGAUUCAUAGAUACACACCUGAUGAAACCCAGGGCCAGUUACACACCGACGCGGAUAACAGAGGAGAAGCAGCAAACAACGACUCUUUUCCAUAGAUUAUGGAUAUUUGAUUCACCUUUAAAGAAGCACACGGACGCUUGAGAUGCAGGACGCCACUGAUCCAGCGCAGAAGUCUUCGGGGCUUUAGUCCUGGAGCGGGGCCAGUGGGAUUCUCCGGUCUGACGGAGCGACUCCAGCUGCAGGAUGGAAAUGGAGCGCUACCUGGGAGAAAGCGCCGGUGCUCUGGCCAACAGCACCAACACCACUGCCACACCAAGAGCGGCGUUUCGCAUCGAGGUGUUGUCGGAGCGACUAGCCGUGGUGGCUCUGCUGGCGCUGCUGACGCUGCUGACGGCCGUGGUGAACGGUGCGGUCAUCGCAGCCAUCUGCACCACCAAGAAGCUCCACCUGCCAGCAAACUACCUCAUCUGCUCACUGGCCGUCACCGACUUCCUGGUGGCCGUGCUGGUCAUGCCCAUCAGCAUCCUGUACAUCACCACCGAGACGUGGUUGCUGGGGCCGUUCGUGUGCGAGGCGUGGCUGAGCGUCGACAUGACCUGCUGCACCUGCUCCAUCCUGCACCUGUGCGUGAUCGCGCUGGACCGCUACUGGGCCAUCACUAAAGCCAUCGAGUACGCCCGCAAGAGGACGGCCCGGCGUGCCGCCGUCAUGGUGGUCAUCGUGUGGGUGAUUUCCAUCUUCAUCUCCAUACCGCCUCUGUUCUGGAGGCAGCGCGGGGAUGGCAGCGGCCCACAGCAGUGCAUCAUCGAGCACGACCACGUGGGCUACACCAUCUACUCCACGUUCGGUGCUUUCUACAUCCCCAUGACUCUGAUACUCAUCCUGUAUUCGCGCAUCUACAGCGCUGCCAAGACGCUGUACCAGAAGCGCGGCUCUUCGCGGCACCUCAGCAGCCGCAGCACCGACAGCCAGAACUCUGUGAACCACUGCCGGGUCACGCACGCCUUCUGCGUCUCGGACGUGUCCACCUCUGACCCCACCGUGGAAUUCGACCGGAAUAACGUCGCCGUUCGCGUACCGCCGUUCGAUAUGGACGCGGCGGAGCAGGACGAGAGAAAUCAGAUCUGUACGUCUCGGGAGAGGAAGGCGGCGCGGAUUUUGGGCCUCAUCCUGGGAGCCUUCAUCAUGUGCUGGCUGCCGUUCUUCAUGAAAGAGCUGCUGGUGGGCUUGAUGUUGCUGAACCCCUCGCCUCAAGUGUCGGAUGCGCUCACCUGGCUGGGCUACGUCAACUCGCUCAUUAACCCGCUACUGUACACCAGCUUCAACGAGGACUUUAAACAAGCUUUCAAGAGACUGAUCAGGCGUAAGGAGCACACAUAGACAGGCGUCUGCUUCAGUGUGAUCGGAACAUUCUGGAUUCGUACGUCUAAAAUUCUAGCAGGAGUAGAGAAAGCACACAUGACGCAGUGUCCGUGGGAAGAGCUGAUUACAUUGUUUUAAUAAAAUCCAAUGAAAAACCA